UGGGAUUCGAGCCCUUAAAGAGCACCUGGCCUUGGGCGCCCCAAUGGCGGUAUGUACACAUGGCUUUGGCUGCUGGCUGCACCCGUCUCACCCUGUGCGGCGCUCGUCUCCCCUGUGAGCCUCCGCUGCCGUGGACCGGUGGCGCCGGAGGGGCCUUACUGGGAAGAGGUGCGCGGCAAUCUGUCCUUCUAUGCGGCCAUGAACUUGGCGUCUCGAGAGAUCACCCUGGACGCACAGUCGCCUGUCUAUUGGCAGAUGAGGGACUUGUGGAGGCGGAUCGACACCAAUGCCACGCUCUCAUUGCGUGCUUCGCAGGAAUGUGCUGUUGGAUAUGUGAGCUUGAAGCUCAUCGGCUUUAUGUCUCUCAAGGGGUGAUGAUCCACGAGGUCUUUCGGCUUCUGUCCUCUACGUUGGAUUGGCAGCUCUUGGCGGCUUCCGGCUGGCCGCUCUUCCGGUUGCUGGCUCGCCUGGAGUACUUUGCACACCUGGAAAUGGGAAGCGCCAACCCCUUGAAUGAUCAGCUUCUUUCAACUUGGGCCUAUGAAAUCCCCUUCCUCGAAACCGUCGAGCACCACCUGCUGCGCGGCACGCCCGUGCCGGCGGCAGCCAGUAGCUUGGUCCUGUCCUACACGGACUAUUACUCGCCCUUGGCACGUGCCCUGGCCUUGCUCGCCCUCGCGGAUGUGCUCCGCGCGCCGCAGCGCUUGACGCCGGAGGAGCUGGGGGAGUCCAAUCGCCUCGUGCGGCGUGCGGUGUACCUCUUGAGCGAGCACUUCCUCAGUGCCACCUAUCCGCCCUUCGUGGCGCUUUCGGCGAGAUGGCCCAUCUUCCAAUUGGCUGAUCGGCUGGCGUGCCAGGCUGAGGUGCGUUGGCGCUUGCCGGGCCAGGCGGAGGGGAGUUCCAAACCUUGGAUGGAGCUGCUGCCGAUCCCAGAGAAGGUGUCAGAUGUGGUCCGCGCCUGCCGCUUGCCGUAUUGCGACUUAAGCUUCAUGGAGCUGGUUCUCCGUGUUGCAGCUGUCUCCAGCAGCUUGCAGCUUUUGGAGGUGGGUGCGAAUCUGGGCGAUUGCAGCCUUUGGGCAGCGGCGCAUUUGGGGAGGCGCCUCCGUGCCGCUUGGGCUGUGGAACCGCUGCCGCCCGUGGCGGCGGCUCUGCGGCGGUCGGUGCGGCGGAAUGGCUGGGAGCAGAAGGUCCAGGUCAUUGAAGCCUUAGCCGGUGAGCGUUCCGGCGAGCGUGGACGCCUGCACUUUGUGGGCCACGCUGAUGGGAACCCCUUCGCCAGUGCUUCUGCAGCUCCGCAAUCGCCCUCAUCGGCCGUCCCCUCCGUGACGGCGCGUGUGGUGACGGUCGCCCAGUUGUUGCGGCUUCGCGUGAAGAAAGUGGCGACCAUCCUCAAGCUCUACGCCUACGGUGACUUGCGGGACGUGCUGCGUGGCGCUGGCGCGGCUCUUCGUCGCGCCGACGCUUUGUGGCUGGCCUUUGCGGCGGGGCAGCUGAAGCACCCGGCGGCGGCCGCGGUGAAGCUCUUCGCGCUGUUGAAGCACCACUUCGGCUGCUUGGCCCUACCGAGCUUCCAGGUGGACUGGUGCCGCUGCGGAGCCACUCGCAUGGCCACCGGUCGGAGGAUGGGCCGCUGGCUUCGUCGAACCGCUGGGAAGAAGAGUGCCUAUACCAUGGUCUACGUGGUGGCUUUCAAGCCAGGCUCUCUCCACUGCAAGCCUUGGAGCACCGUGGAGAGCGCGUCCACGUCCAUGUCCACGCGAACGUGGACGCAGCGACACCUCGACGUGGCGCGGGGAUGCUCCUUCGGACGCUCACGGCGACAGCUCCUGAUGGCGAAACGCUUCGGAGCUGGCUACGAGUCUUAUUUCUUGGGGCACGAAGAGCUGGAGCUUCAGCAGCGGAUGCAGAUGAAAAGCGACAUGAGACCUCCGAAUCUGCCACUGGAAGACGACGACCGCGCAGAGAAGUGGCAGGGCGACCCGGCCGGUCACAUGGCGGAGCGCGAGCCGCGGCUGCCUUUGGCAGGGUCAACUUCUGUGUUUUCAUCCACGUCCAUCGGGUCGGGCUGGGCCAUGUCCCCGCGCUUCGACAGCGACGUCGACGACUUCUGGGUGAAGCUGCCCGAGCGGCCGAAGAGCGCCACCGCAAGUCCCAGGAAGCCGCCUGGACGACCCCAACGGCGGCGCACCAGCAAUGGUGGCCAAGCUGGUGGCGCUUUGGAAGGAAGAGAAAAGCAAGCAGUGCCCGUCAAGGAGUUGGUGCCUCCAGAAGUGAUGAAGAAAGUGCUUGACAUUGCCAGGGGAGGAGCCUUGGUGAUAGAGAUGCUUUGGAGCACCAGUUCUUACCUGCCCGCACACAACAAUGGGCAGAAGUACAAGCAGAUCGCCGGUGAGUUGCAAGAGCUCCUGGAAGGACGCCUCUCUCGAGGUUUUCCGCUUCCAGUGCUGACCCUGGAGAGUCCUGUGAAGGUCAAAAAGGCUCAAGGUAUUUAUGAUCGCUAUUCCGAGUGGGAGAGAGACUUCAAUUUGGUCCCCUCCAAUGGCUCCUAUGCCUAUGCCGUGCCCAGCCGCGUUGGAGCCUUCGAGGUCCACUUGGUUCAAGGCAUCUGGGAUCCACAACGCUGCACGGCCGCCCUCGGUCCUCAUCAGGGCCCGCCGGUGACCGGUGCUUGGGGCGUCGUGUGCUCUGCAUGUGCGCAACGCUGGCAGGGACAAAAGCCUCCGGAAGUGACCACGGAGGAGCAGAAGAAAGAGUAUGAGAAGCAGAUGAAAGAGCAGCCACGUGGUGCACAGAAGAGAGAGGACUUGACUAGAAUUUCUCAGAAAAUGCCCAAGUUGAUCCAGUGA